GCCGCAAACAGUGCGCGAUCUCCGGCAUGACUUCACGGGAUCCCCCCUUUACACCGACCAGCCCGUGUCCACAAGCACCGCGCACCGCUCCGUUUUCCGCGUAAAGACGUGUUUUGGCUCGUUUAUUACGCUGUAGCGCCGCUUUGCUGUUUUGCACCUGCUUCGGACGACAGCGGUGACUGCCCGGGCCUAGCGCAGCCUGUUGUUUUCGCCCCUCGUCCACUCCCUCUUUCUCUUUUUCGGCUUUGUCACGGUUUGGGGGGGUCGGUUUGUGCAGCGGUUUACUGGAAAACUACGGUGCCAUGACGGAGCCCGUGUCCACCGAGCGCUAACGAAGAGGACCACGGCGUAACCACACUCAUUCACCAUCUCACCUGGACUCACUUGAACUCACCUGGACCAUAGUUGGACAUCACCUGGACCCGUCACCCGGACAUGGAGGCGAUCUGGCUUUAUCAGUUCCGGCUCAUCGUGAUCGGAGACUCGACGGUCGGGAAGUCUUGCCUGAUUCGCCGGUUCACGGAGGGGAGAUUCGCGCAGGUGUCCGACCCCACGGUGGGCGUCGACUUCUUCUCUCGUCUCGUGGAGAUCGAACCUGGAAAAAGGAUCAAGCUACAGAUCUGGGACACGGCCGGACAGGAGCGCUUCAGAUCCAUCACUCGCGCCUAUUACCGUAACUCCGUCGGUGGUCUCCUUCUCUUCGACAUCACAAACCGCAGAUCCUUCCAGAACGUUCACGACUGGUUAGAAGAAGCUCGGAGCCACGUGCAGCCUCACAGCAUCGUCUUUCUGCUGGUGGGACACAAGUGUGACCUGGAGGCACAGAGACAGGUGAGUCGUCAGGAGGCGGAGAAGCUGGCCGGAGCGUACGGAAUGCGCUACGUGGAAACCUCGGCCCGAGACGCCAUAAACGUGGAGCACGCCUUCACUGAACUCACCCGCGAAAUCUUUGCUUUGGUCCGAUCCGGCGACAUCACCAUCCAGGAGGGGUGGGAGGGGGUGAAGAGCGGUUUUGUGCCCAACGUCGUCCACUCAUCCGAGGAGGUGACCAAGAGUGACCGCCGUUGCCUCUGCUAAAACCGCCGCUACAAAAGUUUAAGAUUCGGAAGGAUGAGGCUGAAAGACUGUAUACACCAGCCUGCAUCUGGAACACUUUUCUAAGGGGUUUUUAAUGGAUUUGAAAUAAAAUGUCUUGGAAAUCGUGCUCAUCGUAAUCAUAUAUUGAAUCAAAGGCGGCGAACAUUUUGGGACAUUUUAACCAGGCCCGUCGACUGAAAUUUGAGGGCCCCGGGGCAAGAAGUCUCAAAUGGGCCUCCCCUCUAAUAUAAAUUAAUAGGAAGAGGGUUCAAUUCUGGGCCCCUAAGACCCUGGGGCCCAGGACAACAGAUCCCCUGUCAAGUCCCCUUAAAGGUGCACUGUGUAACUUUUUGGUUGGGGGUCUUGUUUCUAUGGAUAUGUCAUUACUCUACCUGGAAUAUUCCACAGUAUGACAUUAAACAGAUCUAGCUUACAUUUAUUCAAUUACAGGUGGAUUUAUAACUUGAAAAAGAGACAUUCUGACUGAGCAGAGUCCCCUCUCCACAGAGCUGACCUGUAACUUGGUCUAGUUUGUGUUAAGUUAAGUUUUAAUGCGACACUGUGAAACAUUCCAGACAAAGCAAUAACAUCUUCAUAGCGAAAAGCAUUUGAUGGACCCUCCUUCUGAAAAGUUACACAAUGCAACUUUAAAUCGCCUGACUACAUUUUUCCCCAAACUGAAGCUGUAUCAGAAUUCUUCGGCGCACAGAGAAAUGACGGGGCUCUUCUCUGUUGUCUUUGCCUCUUUCUGAUCUAAUCUCAUUACAAGUGGGAAAAAGCUGCACUGAGGAACAUCACAUUUCAAAUUCAUCUUAGAUUAUUUUGGUAAAUAUAAGGAUAGAGAGUGCUGGUGUCUGUAGGGAUGGUCCGUUAGACAGUAGACUGAGCGUUUCUUGGGUCUUGAUAAUUCCCAUGUGAAAACUGAAGCAAAUCUGAAUAAAAAUGAUGUCGGGACUUGUAAUUAGGUAAAAAAUUCAGGUGAAAUUCCUAUAAAAGUCAUAUUAAAAUGAGUUUUAGGGUUAUUUUUUAUUUGUGGAUUUGGAGAAAAUUCCUCCAGACUCUUCCUAGAACUAUUUGGUUUAACUGAGAAUAAGUGGGUUAUAGCUUAAAUAAAGGAAUAAACAAAAAGUCAGAGAGCCCACGGGUUUUAAAUUGUGAUAAAAUUAUCACAUUUUCUUAUGAUUCUGAGAUUGGUACUAUAAAGACCUCAAAGUUGUUGUCAUCUUAAUCAAAUAAGGAAUCGAAGCAAGAAUUAACCGACCAAGAAGGUGGCCAUUUUGGGAUUCAUUUUUAAAUUCUGUCAAAAUGUAUAAAAUUUUUUUCUUAGAUUUAAGGAUUUAGAAUUUUUAAUUGAAGCAAGAAUCAGUGACAGAGAAGUUUUUUGUUUGUUUUUGUCAUUAAUUUCAUUUGGAUUUACUUAACCAUUUUUUAAAUAAAUUUCAAGAAUUUCACAUUUGAGACUUUUUAGUUUAAAAUUUGUUCCUCAUAAUUAUAGAUUUGAAGUUAGGAUUAUUGACAAAGAAGGCGGCCAGUUUGGAAUAUUUUUAAUUCUCCCCAAAUUGUACGGGACUAAAAUGAAAAUAACUUGGAAGUUUUGCUCAUCAGUCAUAUAUGAAUCAAAGGAAGAAUUGUUGACAAAGAAGGCGGACAUUUUGGAAUUUAAAAUUUGCUUUCAAAAAUUUGUUUAAACUUCGACUUUUUUUGAUUCCAACGACACAAUUCCCACUCCAGUAAACUGUCUACAAUAUGCAAUUUCAUAACACUAUAGUUGUUUUUGCACAUCUACAAUUGAAGUUCCUAAAAGGGCAAUUAUUAUUUCAUUUUGUGCAGAAUUCCACAAAAAUUCAGAGCCGGAAAACUUUGAAAAAACUUGGAAUUUCCCUCCAAAGAAAAAGACUUGUAUCCAAUGUUAUCUCAUCUAUUCCACAAUAAGCAGAACAAGUGUACAGCUAAAAUGGCCAAGGAUGGAGACUUGUUCAAGAAUGGACCAAAAACUCACUGUCCACCUUCUAUUAUGAACUAAAAUGGAUUGUUAAGGUGGGUAAGUGAAAGGGUUGAUGGUUCGAAGCCAGAAGCACCUUAGUUCGACCUCGGGAUGACAUAAGGGAACAAAGAGGGACUGCCCAAAACUACGUUACCCAUAAUGCACGGCGCUCAGAGGCUGGGCGGGACCACGCUGGAAUUAUGCAAGAAGAGAUCACUCAAUAAUAAAUACAGGGGGAACGCUACAAGUACUUUUUGUUGUAUAUUAAAGUGCUUAUGACAGGUUAGACUACUCCCUUCAGUAAAACAGAGUUAACAUCAAUAUAUUUAAGAAUUAUUAAAGGGUCUAUGUUACACCCUUUUCUGAUCUAAGUUAUAAUGUAGUUUCCUCAUCGCAAACAUGGACCUGGAGUUGUGUUUUGUUUCAUUCACAUGUUUAACACACAAACCCUGGAACCCGGAAUUGCCAAUCUGUACCAAACAAAAGGUAAAAGGUAGCUGUUAAAGGUAGCUAAAAUUACCACUACAUGACAUCACAAGGUGGACCUGAGCAUUUUGAGCUUUGGAGAUGUAGACAGACUAAUAAUAAAGGAUUACUAAAACAUGUGUGAAUGAAACAAAAUGCAACUCCAGAUGUUUUUGAUGAGGUAAUAACGUUAUAACAUGACUUAAAGCUCUUGGUUUUUUUUUUGUCUUUUGGUGAAAUUGAUCAUUUUAAUUCCAUAAUGACUGUUACCUAGCAACCAUAAUGAUAACCGGGGCCAGAACUUGCCUAAAUUGCACAAUAGUUAUGUUUAAAUAAAAAAUAAAACUGUUAAAUGGAUAUGGUGCGUAAAUUGUCUCUGCAGUUUGGAUGGAGUUUCGGUGUUGAUAACAUAGAUAGAGGGAGUCUGUUUUAGAACUCUGCGCUACUUCCUGUAUUUUUGUACUUCUCGUCUCAGCCUUUUUUCCACAAACUGCCACUUAACUGAUGUAAAACUAUGAUAAAUAUUCACCACAGCUACUACUCACCAAACCAAAUCAGGAUUAGAAAACACAAAAACCUGUCAUAUGCACUUUAAAUAUGUCUUUAAGUUUUUGUCCACUAAUACUGUGAGUAUAAUUUCAGUUAAAAGUGCACUAUGUAGCUUUUCUGGAGGGUCCGUUAUCCGCUUGUCUCCACGGAACUGUUGUCGUUGCAUAGAAUGCUCCACAGUAUGGCAUUAAAUUGAUCCAUCUCAGAUUUAUUCAAUUACAUAUCUUCGUAUGACUUAAAUUACCUUGAUAAACAUGUACUCUUACUGUGAGCAGGGCCACCUUUCCACAGAUCUGACCUGUAACGUUUAUUUAAUGCCAUACUGUGAAAUAUUUCAGGCAAAGCAAUAACAUCCCCAUGGAAACAACACUCCAUCAGAAAAGUUACAUAGUGCACCUUUAAGCUCUAAAGUUCAAUGCCACAAUAGUAAAGACAUUAAAUAAAUUCGAGAUUAAUUCCGUAAAGGGAUGUCAAAUGAAUACAAAAUGAAACGUAAUUCAAACACGCAGAAGACCCAGUAUUUUUGACAGUUCAAGUUAUGAUAUAUAGAAUGUGAAGGACUAAAAUCUACUAAAUAUAUGUAAAACUAUUCUGUAUCUCUGUGUAGCUGACCCAAACUGUACUGACAAGACUACACCUGCAGGGGGAGCUCAUGCAAAAAACUACUAUUUAUACAGAAAAAAGUACUAAGAAACAUUGUAUUUAUAGAAAAACAGAUUAAACGUGCGAAUUAGGAGUUUAAGAUGCAUUUAAAUACCAAAAAUAAAUACAAGAAAUAAAUACCAGAAAUACCAAAAUCUUCAGCUAAUUUACUCACUUCUCUGCUAUGCUGUUGUCCCAUAUAAAUCCUUAUAAUCUAAAUAAAACUAUUCAACCAAUACAAACCAGGAUUAAACCAGGACUGAGCCAGGCCUGAACCAGGACUAAACCAGGAUUAAACCAGGACUAAGCCAAUACAAAUUUUGAUCAACUAAGACUCCAACCAAUUAAUCAACUAAAGGACUAAAGGACUACAACUAUACAAUCUUAACUUGGUCCUGCUCUAGUCCUGGUCUAGUCUAGUCCAGGUUUAGUUCCAGGUUUAGUCCGUAACCUUUACUAUUGUGGCAUUUCGCUGUGUCUGUGCCUUUUGAUUCAUUUGAACGUGUAAUUGUACUUUGGUUUGAAUAUAAAGAAAUAUGUAAAAUUGCAAGAGACCCAGCUGGUGUUUUUCAGUUGAAGUUAUCAUUAAAUUAAACUUAAACAUGA